GCCCCCAAAAAAGCAACGGUGCAAGAGAGGGAAACUUGUCGACAUUGCAGAGAUCGUUUCAACUACUUCAAUUGAAAAUGCUCGCUGCUCCUCCCGAGCUCUGAUAAUCACCAUUUCUCUUGGCUCUUGUAUCCACAGGCUCACGCUCGAGCUCCAAGCAUUCUGCCCCCCGGUGGAAGUCCCAUUUUGGGUUCGAUUCCAGCUUCGAACAUGACCUCCAAAGAAUCAAGUUCUGCUGCUUCAACCGAUAGUAAAAUCAAAAGAGUUCUUACUCAUGGGGGUAGAUACGUACAGUACAACGUCUACGGGAAUUUGUUCGAGGUCUCGUCCAAGUACGUCCCUCCCAUUCGCCCAAUCGGUAGAGGCGCUUAUGGUAUCGUUUGUGCCGCUGUCAACUCAGAUACGCACGAGGAAGUUGCCAUCAAGAAGAUUGGUAACGCAUUUGACAACAUAAUUGAUGCUAAAAGGACAUUGAGAGAAAUUAAGCUCCUUCGCUACAUGGAUCAUGAAAAUAUCAUUGCCAUCAAGGAUAUAAUAAGACCGCCCAAGAAGGAAACCUUCAAUGAUGUAUACAUAGUUUAUGAAUUGAUGGACACUGAUCUUCAUCAGAUAAUUCGUUCUGACCAAACUCUUACUGAUGACCAUUGUCAGUACUUUCUAUACCAGCUGUUACGGGGCCUGAAAUAUGUGCAUUCAGCUAAUGUCUUGCACCGUGAUCUUAAACCCAGCAAUUUACUUCUGAAUUCAAACUGUGACCUUAAAAUUGGGGACUUCGGUUUGGCAAGGACAACAACUGAAACUGAUUUCAUGACAGAAUAUGUAGUCACUCGGUGGUACCGAGCCCCAGAACUGCUCCUCAAUUGUUCAGAGUACACAUCUGCUAUUGAUGUUUGGUCUGUUGGUUGCAUCUUUGGUGAAAUUAUGACCAGAGAACCUUUGUUUCCUGGAAAGGAUUAUGUUCAUCAACUAAGGCUUAUAACAGAGUUAAUAGGUUCUCCUGACGAUGCCAGCCUUGGAUUUCUUCGAAGUGAAAAUGCCAGAAGAUAUGUCAGACAACUUCCACAAUGCAGGAAGCAAAAAUUCUCGGCUAGAUUCCCUAAUAUGUCUUCCGAGGCAUUGGAUGUUCUAGAAAAGAUGCUCAUCUUUGAUCCCAACAAACGCAUUACAGUUGAUGAAGCACUAAGUCACCCAUAUCUUUCAUCACUUCAUGACAUGAAUGAUGAGCCAGUCUGUCCAAGGCCAUUCAGUUUCGAUUUUGAGCAGCCAACAUGUACUGAAGAGCACAUCAAGGAGCUCAUCUGGAGGGAAUCAGUGAAGUUCAAUCCUGAUCCAGCGCAUCAUUAGAAAUUCUUACAUAUCUGUAUAAAUAUAAAGAGAUAAACUUUUCACCUUGGAUACAGUGCUUCUCCUCAGCAUCCAGAUGUAUUGCUAGGAAUAGCAUUCAACCUCUUUUCCUUGUAAUGUAGUCAUAAACCAACUUGGACAUGAAGGGAAGAUUCUCCGGAAAAAUGGGCAAACACUGCAAAUCCCAUUGGAUGUGAUAGGCAUCUAUACAAGUUAUAUAAGCUAUUGUAUUAUACUGAGUUUGCUUAAGUAGGAAAGGCCUUCGGGGAGCAUUAUAGGAUAGCAAAAACUCUGGAUUGAUCAUGGAAUCUUCUUCCUGUUUCCUGACAAUAAUCUUGGAAGCUGUUUUGCGAUCUCAUCGUUUAGAAGCUCCAUUUUUUUUCUCA